AUGCGUAUAGCUUGUCUCCAGUUCGCGCCGCAGCUCGCCGAGACUGACCGAAACGUCGAGCGAGCAGACGCCAUCCUGGACCGGGCCGACCCGCAAGACAUUGACCUGCUCGUUCUGCCAGAGCUCGCCUUUUCUGGCUACAAUUUCAAGUCGCUCGGCCACAUCUCGCCGCACCUGGAGCUCGCCGAGACCGGCAUCACCGCGACGUGGUCACGGCAGGCCGCACUCAAGUACGGCUGCGCCGUCGUCGCCGGCUACCCAGAGAAAGUUGAUCCGGGGCGCAGCUGGCCUGCGGACCCAGAGUACUAUAACUCGGCCAUCAUCAUCGACGGCGACGGCGAUGUCGUGGGAAACUACAGGAAGUCACAUCUCUACUAUACCGACGAAACGUGGGCGCUCGAAGGCGGCGGCGGAUUUUACAACGGCCAUGUCCGAGGGCUGGGCCAUCUCGUUCUUGGCAUCUGCAUGGACAUCAACCCCUACAAGUUCGAAGCACCAUGGGAAGCCUACGAAUUCUCCAACCAUGCGCUCGAGACGGGCGCGCGGCUUAUAGUGCUGAGCAUGGCGUGGUGCACCAAUGCUGACCAAGAAGAGUUCUUUCUCGAGCCCAAGGAGCCAGACAUGGAUACCUUGUUGUACUGGCUCACUCGACUACAGCCCAUUAUCUCUAUUGACUCCAAUCAAGAAACCAUCAUCGUUUUUGGAAACAGGUGCGGAGCUGAAGGGGAUACCACCUACGUUGGCACGAGCACGGUCAUUGGUGUCAAGUCUGGCGAAGUUUCACUGUACGGUAUCCUUGGCCGUGAUGAAGAGUCCUUGCUUGUGGUUGACACAAACGCCGUACCAUACGCAAAAAUUAGGCUGCAGAGCCUUGAGCCCGUUCAGGCCCAAGACCAAUAUGAAGAUACCCUGGCAUCGCAGACGUACCUCCAAGCAGGCCCAUCAGACAAAGGAGCAGAUGCAGGUGGCUCGGAGACGCGCACUACAAACGGCGUAGGAUCCCAUCAGGCAAAUCUGACCGAUGUACAGGAGCUCACCUUGGACGCUAUCGUAGUGACGAGAGAGGCGGAGGGCUACUCGCAUUACGACAAUCACUGGCCUGAACCAUCACGACGGCCACGGGAGCACCGCACAAGCGGCCCUUUCAGAAUUGAUGGUAGCAGUGUCGGAUUUGCAUCCUCCUGCAGCCACGAUAGUUACACGCUUUUCACGCAGUCCCAUGUUGCCGCCCCAGCUACGCGGCAACAUCGCAUGGACGCAAUGCGGCCGACAAUGAGUGACGGCGAUUAUAACGGAAAUCGUUUGGACUAUUUCUCUGAAAGUGACGAUGAAUCGUUUCUUCAUGACUCGUACUCCGAGAGGGAGGAGGAAGGCUGGCCCUACUCUCACGAGUCACAACUUUUUGGUGCCGAGCGGUGGGGUCCAUGGCAAGAGCGAUACGCCACUUCGGAAUUGUCUCUCGUGCACAGAAUUGCAUCCUUUGCCCUCCAACAUGAAGACUCGCCGACGCCGAACACGGAGAACUUCAAGGAAGAAGACAUAUACAAGCAUGUUCAUGGCAAAAAUUUGACAUCCGAGCACCAUAUUCGAUACCAUACACAUCUGCUCAGAAAGAAGCGUGCCAGGCAAGGCUUUUCCACAGAGGCUGAGAACCAAGGGGAUAGCCAGGAGGAGGACCAAGAGGAAUGCCAAGAGCCGGAGAACGAUAUUGGAUUCGAAACGCACAACGACUAUGAUGAGCUUCGCCACGCAGGUCGGCCCAACUUGAAGCUGGCUGCUCCGACUCCAGUCCGCGCAGUUCGCGAGGCACGGCCAAACUGUAUCCAUGGAAGCGUGACCAAGGCCAGGCAACCCGCUUGGCUAGAGUAUUCGGCAGAGCCUACGCCAAUCGCGGACACUCCCAUGAGCCAUAUGACGCUGUAUUCGCCGAUCCGUGCGAGGCGGCGUCACGCGAGGCGUGCGCCCGGAUUUGCCACUGCAGUUUUGGGCCAAACAGGCGCGGUCUCAAUCCCGAGCAGCAUGGGCGGUGAUGAUGAGCAGGCCGCAUACCAGGUGCGGCUGCCGGUGCUGGGCAGGUCCAAGGCCAAGGAGAAUUCGGUCCCUCUGCAAGAUCCCUCGCGGAGACCCAAAGCGGCGGCUAGACAGGUGCCGGCGCUGAAACUCGUGCCAAGAGAGGUGCCACGGGGAAAGGAGAGGGAAGUUGGUGAGCGGUGGCGGCGCACGUCGAGACAGCUACCGACUGCUCUGGAAAUAAAAGGGCCCGGGCCGCGAGACAACGGCGGCGAUAAGGAGUCUUUAGACCCCAGUGCUCGUUGUACUUGUGCAUGA